UAUUGCGUUUAAAAAACCGUAAAAUGCGAUAUCGUGUAUUGUUUUUGUUUUUUAUUAAAUCCGCAUUACACGGUUAUAUGACUUUGUUUACGCGUCUCAAAUAAGCCGGUUGUGUUAUCACAGAAGAAACUAUACAGUAGGACGAGAUAAGGAAAACGGAUUGUAGUAAUCCGAUACAACUGGCUCUGAGGUAAGACAGACACUGUCUGUGGUACAAUGGCUGUAACGAAAAUAUGCUGCAUCGGCGCCGGUUAUGUAGGCGGUCCGACGUGCAGUGUGAUUGCCUUGCAGUGUCCACACAUAAAGGUCACCGUGGUAGACAUAAGUGCCCAUCGCAUAGCUCAGUGGAACUCUAAGAAAUUACCCAUUUACGAGCCCGGCCUCGAUGAAAUCGUACAAAAGCAGAGGAACGUCAACUUGUUUUUUUCCACCGACAUCGAAACGGCCAUCCAAGAAGCAGAUCUAAUUUUCAUAUCCGUGAACACACCCACGAAAACGUUUGGUGUAGGCAAAGGACGAGCGGCUGACUUGACAUAUGUGGAGAACUGCGCCCGUACCAUUGCCCGAGUAUCGACUAACAAUAAAAUCGUCGUGGAAAAGAGCACGGUACCGGUGCGAGCGGCCGAAAGCAUCUUGAAGAUCCUGAGCGCCAACCACAAGCCUCAAGUUAAGUUCCAGGUCCUGUCCAAUCCCGAGUUCCUGUCCGAAGGCACUGCCGUGGAAAAUUUGCUGAACGCCGACCGGGUGCUCAUCGGGCACGAGGAGACCACCGACGGUCUGCAAGCCUUCAAGGAGCUCAGUAAAGUGUACCUGAACUGGUUGCCCGAAGGAAGGAUACUGAGGACCAACACGUGGUCGUCGGAACUGACCAAACUGGCGGCAAACGCAUUCCUGGCGCAACGGAUUUCCAGCAUCAAUUCCAUGUCGGUUAUUUGCGAAGCGACCGGAGCCGACGUGGGCGAGGUGGCCAAAGGCAUCGGCCUGGACUCGAGGAUAGGUCGCAAGUUCUUGCAGUCGUCCGUCGGAUUCGGUGGCAGUUGUUUCCAGAAAGACUUGCUCAACUUGGUGUACAUUUGCGACAGCUUGAAACUACCACAGGUGGCCGCGUACUGGCAACAGGUACUCACCAUGAACGACUACCAGAAGUCUCGAUUCGCCCAAAAGAUCGUCGAGUCGCUGUUCGACACGGUCACCAACAAGAGGAUCACCCUGUUCGGGUUCGCUUUCAAAAAGAACACCGGCGACACCCGCGAGUCACCGGCCAUAUACGUGGCCAAGACGUUGCUGGACGAAGGAGCCAAGCUGAACAUCUACGAUCCCAAGGUAGAACCCGAACAAAUUCAGAACGACUUGACCCAUCCAAACGUAACAGACAAUCCGGAAGCUGUAUUGAAGUCUAUUGAAAUUCACGACGAUCCGUACUCAGCAGCCAAUAAAACACACGCCAUUGUGCUAUGCACCGAAUGGGACGAAUUUGUGCAAUACGACUAUGAACGGAUCUACAAGAGCAUGAUCAAGCCGGCGUUUGUGUUCGACGGACGAAAGAUACUCAACCAUGAACGGCUGUCCACUAUCGGCUUUCACGUACAUACCAUCGGAAGGCGUUGAACGUGACUCCAGACGAGGCUCUCUACUUACUGAAAAAAUUAUGAACAAUUUACCGAUAAUAAUUUAUUAUGAUUACAUUGUCCGUGUCUUCCGUAUUACCGAACAUAUCAAUCUUCGUGGAAAGUACGUUUAAGUGCUCUCUCCGGCAACUGUGAACAAUAAAAAACAGAAGAUUUUGAGUAACGUUAAAUGAUAUAUUGGUCAACAAAAAGUUUUUUUCUUAAAUUUGUAAUGUACAUUAUAAAUAACUGUUAGCAAUGUACGCCAACCAAUCCCAAAUAACAUUUUUCGUUACACAAAAUCUUCCUAUAAUUUUUAUAUUAUUAUUAUUAUUAUUUGCAUGUUUUGUAUAUUGAACCACUGACGUUAUAAUUGUAUACAAAGUGGCCGUAUGGCGCAUUUACUAAGUAUGUCUACCAACAACUUGGUAUUACAUAAAGUAUUAUUAUUUAUUUUAUGAUUAUUUUAGAUUUUUUUAUCAUUUUAGGUACCUAUCAUGUUUUCAUUUUUUUUAUUUAUUUCAUUUUUAUUAGAAAACAAAUUAUAUAUAUAUUAUAUAGAUUGUAGUGUAUAAAUUACAUGUCUUAAGAGUAUAAUGUAUACAAUUUUGAUGUACAAUUCAACGUGUAUUAUUAUUAUUUUUAAAAGUAUAUUUAUUUACUUAUUAAAACAAAAUAAUUACCUAAGACCGUCUAUAUAAAUUUUCUCUCUCCGACAGAUUUUAUUUUAUAA